GCGGGCGAUCAGCGGACCGGCGCCCCCAGGGCCGGGAAGGGAUGUGGGUGUGGAGUUUCUGCAGGAGGGGCUUUGGGUGGGCGGGGACACCCAGAUGCAGCCCCCGCCGCUGAUCUUCUGGGCUCUGGGCUUCCACUUCCUGUUUGUUUCCCCUUUCCAGAUGUGCCGGGACGGGAGGCAGGGCAGGGCAGGCUCUCCGUGGAAGCCCAGAUCCCUCUGCUCCCCAUGGGCAGCUGCCAGGCUGGGCACAACUUGCAUCUCUGUCUGGCCCACCACCCGCCUCUGGUCUGUGCCACCUUGAUCCUGCUGCUCCUUGGCCUUUCUGGCCUGGGCCUCGGCGGCUUCCUCCUCACCCACAGGACUGGCCUGCGUAGCCCUGACAUCCCCCAGGACUGGGUCUCCUUCUUUAGAUCGUUAGCUGAGCUGAGCCUAUGCCCUGCGAAUGGUACUGUCACGGGGAGGUGGCCUGGGCCUCACACUGUGGGCUUACUGACCACCUUGAACUUCGGAGAUGGUCCAGACAAGAACAAAACUCAGAUAUUCCAAGCCACGGUUUCCGGGAGCCACAUGGGAUUGAAAGGAGCUCAUGCAGGAGAGCUGGUCCUUGUUACAGCCAGGGCAUCCACAGAAAGGACCCCAGGAACCUGCCUGUAUUUCAGUGCCACUCUGGGUAUCCUGCCCUCCAGCCAGCCACCCAUACCUUGCACCGAGGAGGGAGUGGGAAAUGCUACUCUGACCCCUAAGAUGAACGAGGAGUGUGUCACAGUCUGGAGCCACGAAGGCCUUGUGCUCACGAAGCUGCUCACCUCGGUAAGAGCCUAAGUUUGAGAGUUGAAU